GGUGAUGUACACUAUAAGCGGAGGGAGCUGUCCUGGUGCUGAAAACAGUCCAUAAACUCGCAGCGGACAGAUAGCGAAGAGACCAUGCUUUAGGUUGCCUCUGCACACAGGAAAUAUUUCAAACAUGGCUGAUGCUAAACCCUCCUGGCUUGGAACAAUUUUGCCUCUUGCCCUACUUUCUGCAUUUAUCUGUUUUGCCAAUUCUGCUUCAUUUCAACGUUACCAAAACAUCCAGAAAGACCCAGAGUACCUUAUGAAAAACUUGCAAAGGCUUCCAAGCCCAGAUAUGAUCAAAGCGCUGGAAUAUAUAGAAAACCUCAGAAAACAAACUAGCGAUGGAGAAACAAGCCCAGAUUAUAACUCCUAUCAAGGUCCCCCAUUUGUUCUGCAGUCAAAAGAAAGCAAAGAUCAGCACUACUUACCAGACAAUCUAAGAGAACCUUUGUCAGAAGAUGAGUCACAGUGGGUUAAGGCAAUGUUUGAAGCCCUAAGACAAGGAGAAAAAGAAUCAAAGGGUGCCUCAAAAGAAAACAAACCCUAUCCCAUGAGUUCAGACAAUAUCUUCCUAGAUGGAAUGGCUGAUGAUUAUGAUGAUCGUACUUGGCUUGAUACACGGCACAGACAUUCUAAGGUGCCACAUACAUACUUUGAAGAAAAUUCCAGAGAUAACCCUUAUAAGCGGACAAAUGAAAUAGUGGAAGAACAGUACACACCCCAAAGUCUUGCUACUUUAGAAUCAGUAUUUCAGGAACUGGGGAAAAUGAUGGGGCCAAAUAAUCUAAAAAAGGAGAGGUUUGAUGAGGAACAGAAAUUGUAUGCUGAUGAUGAAGAUGACGCUUAUAAAGGAAAUAAUAUCGCUUAUGAAGAUGUGGUUGGAGGAGAAGACUGGAACCCAAUAGAGGAGAAAGUGGAAAGUCAAACCCAAGAAGAGAUAAGAGACAGUAAAGAGCAAAUUGAGAAAAAUGAAGAGGAAAUUGAUGAUGAAAUGAAGAGAUCAGAGGGCCCAGAGGAUGGUAUGAAAAGAGAGAACAAAGAUCAGAUAUCAGAUGAUGUCUCCAAGUUGAUGGAUUAUUAUUUGAAAAAGAUGAUGAAUGGUGCUGGGACUGACAACCUAAGAGCCAAGCAAAAUGAAGACAAAAGAGCAGUCAGAUUUUCUGGAAAGCAACUUGAUCCUCAAGCUAUUUAUCAGUUAAUAGAAAUCUCAAGGAAUUUACAAAUCCCACCUGAGGAUUUAAUCGAGAUGCUGAGAGCUUCAGAUAAACAUCAGAGUGAAAAAGAACAAGAACCUGAACUCCCAGAAGACACUGAUGAGAUCCCUGACAUUAAGUUAGACAAUUCGGAUGUAUUCAAAAAUAAGAUGAGUUCUUUAAAUGGUUAUAGAAAACAGCGACAUAAUUUUAUGCCAGAUAACCUGCCAGAAGAUCUCAAUAUGGAAGAUAUCAUCAAUCUUUUAGGGACUGAAAAUUUGGGUAAUCAGAAACCCUCUUAUCUUGAGAAUCAACUCCACCAAGAAAAUGGUUUGCCAAGAGUAUCCUACAUGCCUGCAAGAUCUAAAGGACAUCAACUUCCCAAAGCUGCUUGGCUUAACCAUUUGGAAAGACGACAAAUGGAACAGGAAGCACUGAAUGAAAAGGAAGAAGACUUGGCAGACUAUUUAGCCAAAGUGCUGGCAAAAUAUCCUGAAGUCAUCAAUACAGGUCAAGUGAAACAACUUCCACUUGCAGUUUCAUCUGAGGAUGACUUGCAAGAAGAUGAUCAAUUUGAGCAGGCCAUCAAAGAACAUCUAAACCAACUGGGAACUAGAGAAUCAGACAAACUGACCUCACUCAGCAAAAGGCUGUCAAUGGCCCAGGAGAAUGAUGACACACAAAACAGACCAUAUAUGGAUGAGGAUAUGCUAGCAAAGGUCCUAGAGUACCUAAACCAAGAGAAGUCUGAAAAGGGGAGAGACCACAUUACCAAAAGGGCAAUGGAAAAUAUGUAGUUGGUCCAACAUUAUUUCUCUUCAUCGGAUUGACUUCGACCCCAAUUCAGUUGUGAUUUAUUUUCCUUUAAGAAUUUGAGGCAUGUUCAGACAUUACACUUAGCUGCUUUAUGCCAUAGGAGUUAUGGCACAAACAUUUUCAUGAGUAAUGUUACACAUAUGAAACAGGAGCUCACAGAACUCAACUAUAACUGCUUCUGGGAUCUCUGAUAUAAGUUUUGGAAUGUUAGAGAUCGCAGGGAUUCUCACAGCUGAGAUCUAUGAGUUUCAAGUAAACACAAUGUAUUGCUCAUGAAACGUGCAUGCCUAGAGGAUUCCUGCAGAUGCAAAAAGUGGCCCAGUUCUGUGUCUCAACUGGUCCAGUGGUAGAUGAUUUGUCAUUGAACAGUCUGCGUAAACUUCUCUGAACUGUUCUGUUAUUGGGUAUCUUUAAAUGUUCUAAAUCUUGGUCAAGUAACAAAUUUCUUCAAUUUUUUUAAGAAACAGGUUUAUGAAAUAAAGCGAAACUAUGUAAAACAAUGACCUCGAUAGAUCACGAUAAAGACAGAGUGUCAGCUAUAAUAUAUGCUGUUUUUUAAAUUAAUUGAAAUAUUUUGUUAUUGUCUGUGGUGUUUUUGUGGAGUAUUGAAUAAAAAUAAAGCAUUAUAUAUAUAUAUAGUUUUAUUUACAAAGCUUUUUCUAUUCUGUGUUUUAUGGUUGAUGAAUAAAUAUUAUUU